AUGGCUUCCAGCACCUCCAGUGAUGUUCUGCCCACAGGCGGCAGGAUCUUCACCUCCAUUCCUGACGUGUUCUUCAUCCCUGAGUUUGUGUUUGGAGGUUUGGUGUGGAUCCUGGUGGCGUCGACGCGCGUCUCCCCGGACAACCCUCUGGGCUGGGUGAUGUUUGUGUCCGUCUUCUGCUUCGUGGUGACAACACUCUGGUUCUUCAUCUUCCUCUGCGGAGCCAAUCAGAGCAGCAUCUGGCCCUCCCUGGACGUGGGUUAUCAUUUUGUGGCCGUGGUUUUCUACCUCAGUGCAUCGGUGGAUCUGGCAUACGUCACCAUACUUCGGGCGGCUUUAACGAAUCUGCCGCCUGCUGACGAAAAUCUCAAAAUGUACCGCCUGGAUAUUGCUGCAGUGGUGAUGUCCUAUGUGGCCACUCUUCUCUACUUCCUCCAUGCCAUUUUCUCAGCCAUCCGAUGGAAGAGGUCCUAAAACAAAACAUCGACUCAACCACAAACCGAGAACAGGACGACCAGAGACGACGCCAAAUAACCAGCUGGGCUUCUUUUUAUUGACAUUUCGGCUGAAUGAUAAAGAGUGCUUUGCUUUUGAACCAAUGUGCCAAACAUCAAACGAACGAAUGAGUGGAAAACAAGCGGGUCUUUGAUAAAUGUUCCUUGUUCAUUGGUCUGGUUGGCGAGGUAGCAGAAAGGCAGUUUGCUCAGAAAACACGCAUUUGAAACGAACCUGUUCAAGUUAAGUUUUUUUAGUCAGUAAUAAAUGUGAUGUAAGGAAGGAGGAUGGAUGUAAAUAACUAAUUGAAACACAGAUCUAGUUACAUAUUUUUUAAAGGCUUUGUUUUGAUGUAAGGGAUGGAUGGGUGUUCCCACAUGAUUUACUGUUUGCAUUUUUAUGAGAACAUCCAAACAUUUCCACAUGUAAAUAUUUAGAUGAUUUCACGUUGUAGUACAUUUGGAAUCUAUGAUAUGAAAUAAAUUAAACUGACAAUCCAACAUCAUGCUUUUCCUGGUCUGUUCAGAUGUUGAGUAGGUCAACAUAAGCUGAGCGAAGAUGCUCACCUCAAUGAAACUGCAGAGAGGUUAAUUGUCUUCCCCUCCCUCUCU